AUGGCAGUAGCUGAGAACGGAAGACCUAUAGAGAGUGUCAAAGACAGACCCAACGGGCAUGGUGUAGGACCGCCUACACGGCGACCUGCUCGCCAUCGCCAUCGCCGGAGCUGGGCCUCCUGGCUGUUCAACAAUUCUGCGAGGCUUGCUAUAUGGUACUGCAUCCUCACCAUCCUAUUCAACUGUCCCUCGUCGCGGAUUGCCCUUACCGAUACCUCUCCGCGAAUAUGUGGACCGUACCUUACCGCAAAGGAAUAUAUCCAACCACAUCUGCAACCAUAUUACGAUGAGUACGCAGCUCCUUACGUUGCCAAAACCGAGCCAUACGCACAUCUGGUCAAUAGCCGAGUGGUGCGGCCUGCAACCAAGAUUGCUGUGGUCAAUUAUGAAAAAUAUGCUGCUCCACAGAUCGAUGCUGCAAAGGCAUACUCCCAGGCUCAAUGGGACCAAGUUAUCAUGCCCCAAAUCAAUCUGGCACGAGAAAAUGCCGCUCGAUUCUAUGAGAGCAAUCUGGGUCCUCACGUUGACCAGUUUGUUGCAUUGGCUGGUCCUUAUUACACGUCAGCGCGAGAUCAGGCCUAUCAAAUAUUCCAACAACAUCUUGUCCCAGCAAUGGAAUACUCCCGGCCCCAUCUUCACAAAGCAUAUAGUCUCUGCCAAGACUUCGCCCUGAACACCGCAUAUCCUCUUCUGCGACAUGCCUGGUCGGACCUCGUUAUUUUCAUGGACGGCACUUUCUGGCCUUUUGUGAAGGGUCUUUACAUCGACAAUGUUAGGCCUCAGCUGCUCAUGAUCAAUGAGAGGAUCGCCAAGUAUCGAGAGAGCCGACAAUUGAAGGCCGCCAUGGACGAAGUAGAUAGGACCCAAUCAACCUUCACUGCUUCUGCCACUCCAAGUGCAACCACCGGUAUCAUGGAUGAUGUGUAUGCCAUGUUUGAUUCGGAAGACACUACAGAGUCCUCUACGACGACCUCACAAGAAACCCAACCGACAGCUCAAGAACGUGUGAAACGCCCUGUGGUAUAUGCUACGGAAGAACAAAUAGCUGAAGAUCUCAGAAGCUGGCAAAAGAAGUUUGCGGUGGCGGCUGAUAAAGGGAGCGAUGACCUUCGAGAGCGAGUCAUCUCGCUUGUCAACAGUCUUGUCAAGAGCGACAUGGACGGAGUCGGCCGAGGACUGGCCAAAGCUUUGGAAAAGACCGCGGAAAAUGAGUUGGAGAAGGUCAAAACAAAGAUAAAGUCAGUCGUUGCUUCACUUCCUGACGAUGGGAAUGCAGAGGCGGUGAAAAGAGCAGCAGAAGAAAUUCUCGGAUCAAUCAGAUCCUCAGGCGCUGAAAUCAAGGAGCGUGCCAGAAAUGUCCGGAACUGGUCUAAGAACUUUGAACAAGGCUUGAUACAAAGACUUGAAGCUGCCUCCGCCUCAACUUUGGAGGUCUUAGAUGGGAUUAAGGAUAUCGGUCUCCAAGAAGUCGGGAUGCGCUGGGCUUGGAUGGAAGGUGUCACCUACAAACACUGGGAGAAGUUUCAUAAGGUCCGGAAGACGCUGGAUGAAUGGAAAACCGAGGUCAAAGACGUUGCCAUGCACAGCCCAGACGCAGAGGAAGCAAUUGCCACAGCUCGACAAAUUCUUGAAGAAAGCAUGGCAAUCACCGAAGACGCAGCGAAAGAACUGGUUAGACUCAAGAGUGUUGCUCAGUGGAAGCUGAAAGCCCGCGAUGCAUCGGAUGAUUUUGGAACCCGAAGUAUGCCGGCUGAAGCGGUAUCAGCUGCCUCCAGCCUGGCCGCCGACCUUCAAGGCGCACCCUCAGAAGCUGUAGAAUCUGCCAGCUCUAUCAUGUCACAAGCGAGCGAUGCUGCCGCCGAAGCGGUCUCGUCUGCAUCGUCUGCAGUCGCAGGCACAAGCACUGGCACUGUCGAGUCCGCAACGUCCAAAGCCAGCGAGGUUGGAGGUGAAGCCCUUUCAUCGGUCUUGUCUUCGUUGGAAUCUCCCAUCGCGGAGCCUGUUGAGUCACUGGGAUCCGAUAUCAGCCCCACGGCUGAAGACGCCUAUCGUGCUGCGUCGUCGGCUAUCAUUGGAACUGGCUCCGGAACUGCUGAGGCCAUCUUUUCUGACGCAAUAGAGACUGGCUCAAGCUUGACAGGAGACUUGAUGGACUCGGCGGGCUCGGCAUCAUUAUCGAUCGAAUCGAUUGCUUCACCAUCACCCGAUGAUCUCCACCCAGCAAGCGCUGCUGCAGAGGAUAUUGCCAGCUCCGCCUCAGCCGCCUCAGAUUCAGCAUCCACUAGAGCAUCUAAGGUCUUUGGAGGCGUCAUGGCCGCAGAGGUGAAGGGCUCUAUACCUAUCCUAGACGACAUGUUUGACAACAACGAAGGUUCAACAUUUUCUGAGAAUAUUCAAAGCGUGAUCAGUGAAGCCGGAGAUCGAUAUGCAGAUGUCACUCGUGCAGUGUCUGAAGCCAUGUUUGGAACAUCUCAAGGCAUAGUGGAAAGCUUGACAUCUGUUGCGAGCGAGCAGUAUACCAGUGCUUUAGCUGCAGCUUCCAGCGUCUUGUAUGGUGCGCCUACAGGUACGGCAGAAAGUAUUGCAAGCGCCGCGUCUGAAAAAUAUGAGCAAGCCGUGGCUGCUGCGAGCUCGGUCAUCUUCGGAACGCCUGCUCCCGUCACCGAUUCAUUGCUUCAGCAAGCCAGCUCCCUCUACGGUGAGGCUGUCAGCAGGGCCGAGGACAAUUACAACGCUGCAAAAUCGAUUGCCUCUCAGCAGAUUUCCGGCACCCCAAAACCUAUCCAUGAGCAAAUGUUCUCCUCGAUCGAGUCAGCCUAUUCUGGCGCCGUGGCAGCUGCGAGCAAUAGACUUGAAUCUGCCCGUAGUUCUGCGUCAAAUGCACUUCCGGAGACAAACCCCCUUGAGUCUGUAUCGUCUAUGGCAUCGUCGAUUUUGCAAGACUCUCUAGCUGCAGCCUCGGCUCAGUACUCGAAGGCGAAGGUUGUUGUAGGGGCUACUCCUACACCUGCUGGGGAAAGAUAUCUCCAAGAGGCAAGGAAGAAAUACUAUGCAGCAGUUGGAAUGGCACACGAGCAGUACGAUGACUUUCUUGCAGCGGCUUCGAGUGCAAUCUACGGAACACCCACACCUGUGUUGAGCAGCGUGUCGAGUGCUGUAUCGGUUGGAAUCUAUGGUACACCGGUGCCAGCGUACCAGAGUCUCAUUGACUCAGCCGCUUCCGAAUAUUCGGCAGCGUCGUUGGCGGCUGCUUCCAGUCUGGACUCUUUCAGAUCAUCCUCAGGCACAACAGCACAAAGCCUGUUGGAUGAAGCCGUGGCAGCCUAUUCAAAUGCCGUUGACGCCGCUUCGUCGUCGUUAUCGUCGGCAUCCUACUCUGCAAGCAUCGCCGUCUAUGGCACUCCUGCGCCAUUCUAUCAGACCGCUCUGGACGUUGCAUCAUCACAGUAUAACGCUGCUUCCUCAGCGGCCGCUUCGCAUAUGUCUGAAAUGCUCGAAUCCGCGUCGUCGGUGCUAGGCAAGGAAGAAAGCUCUCCAGCGCAGAGCAUGCUUGAUUCCAUCUCGUCACAAUAUGACGCAGCCGUCUCUGCAGCGUCUUCAUCUCUCUCCGCAGCCAGCUAUGCCGCGAGCACCGCCAUUUACGGCACUCCUGCCCCAUACUAUCAAAAUGCUCUGGACGUAGCAUCAUCUCAAUAUCAUGAGGCAUCCUCAGCGGCCGCUUCUCAAAUGUCCGCGUUGUUAGACUCAGCGUCAUCAGCGAUGGGCAAAGAAGAGACCUCCCCUGCGCAGAGUGUAAUCGAUUCUAUCUCGUCGCAGUAUGAUGCUGCCAUGGCUGCAGCCUCUUCGUCUCUCUCCGCAGCCAGCUACGCCGCAAGUGCUGCUGUCUACGGUGCCCCAAGCGGCUCCAUUGAAUCCAUCUCCAGUGUGGCAUCUGAAAAUUGGCAAGCUCUUGUGGCCAAAGCCAGCGAACAAAUCUACGGCUCUCCCAAACCAUUCUACGAAGAGUUCGCUACCCAAGUUGGAGAAUAUUCUGCUCAAGUCACCGACUUUGCCGACGAUCAAUAUGUUGUCAUCCAAUCAUAUGUUUCGGAGCUGAUAGUGGGCAAAGAGCCUGAUUUCACUGAAUCGGUGAUGAGCCGCCUCAGCUCUGUCUACUAUACAGGCUACAGCUCGGCCUCCAGUCUUGCAAGCGAAGCGUACGACUCGGCAUCAUCCAUUGCUUCCUCCGUCUCCUCUGUCGCAUCAUCCUACUUCACGCCUCCUCCCGAAGUCUCAUCCAUCUUGGAUUCGGUGACCGGACAACUCAACUCCGCAGUCGACGCAGCAAGUGCGCAGAUCUACGGCACACCAAAGGGAACCAUCGAACAAGCAACUUCUGUGGUUGCCGAUAGUUACGCCUCCGCCAGCGCGGCAGUCAGCGAAGCUAUCUAUGGCACCCCCGUUGGAUACGCGGAGGCCGCAUCGUCCUCAUUGGCAGACUUAGCGAAGAGUGCGCAGGAUGCCGUAAGCAUUGCUAUCUACGGCACGCCGACGGGAACGAUUGAAUCGUUAACCAGCGCUGCGGCGGAUACGUACGCGUCUGCAUCAUCCAUCGUGGCUGAGAAUGCAGCUGCCGCUGCUUCUGCAAUAAGUGAUACUGUCGAGGGCGUAGCCGCCAGAGUCUCAGAAGCUGUCUAUGGACCUGAACAGAGUUAUAUGGAAAGCAUCAACUCACAGAUCAUGGCAGCAGUGGGAAGUGCCAGCAGCAAGAUUGCCGCCAUGGCGAGUGAAGUCGGUGAAGGUGCCACGGGAACAGCGAGUGCUGUGAGUGAAAGUGUGGAGAGCAUAGCCAGCUUGGUAAGUGACUCUGUGAGCAGCGCGACAAAGUACGUGAAGGAUGAGUUGUGA